CGCGGGAAGAGGUGUCUCGGGCUUUGGUGCCACACGCCUGUAAUCCCAACAUCCUGGAGACUGAGGCUAAAGGAUCACCAGCCUGAACUACGUGCAGAGACCCUGACUUUAAAAAAAAUAUGAGAAGGGAGAGGCAAGACUAGAGGCUAAGAAGCCCAUGGGAUACUGCUACAUUACUAUAGUCCAGGCUGACUGCAGAGGUAUGGAGGUCCACAGCAAGUCUUGUGCCAGCUCAAGUUCUUCGUCUCCCACCCAGGAGUGCUCAGGGGUCUCUGUGUCCAAAGAGCUGCUGACUGUGGGUAAUGGCCAAGGAGGUAUAUGGGACAAGUUACUCAUCGACUCUAAGCCUAAUUCCAGAACACCCUCUACUCUUCAAACAGUUCGGAUAGAGAGGAGUCCAUUACUAGACCAAGUUCAGAACUUUCUCCCACAGAUGGCCCGGGCAAAUGAAAAGCUCAGAAAAGAAAUGGAAGCCACUCCCCCUAAUCAUUUCAAUAUUGAAAAUAUUGACAGGACCCUUGGCAAAGUUAUACAAAUGGAUGUGGUCUUAUUUGAGAUGAAUCAGGCAGAUUCAAAAGAAGAGCAUAGUUCAGAAGAGAGUUCCCAAGACAGUUCAGAGGACAGCUCAGAGUCUGAGGAUGGGGAUGACAGCGUCACCGUGCAUAAUAUUAAACUUCCUAAUUCAGAAGGUGGAAAAGGCAAGAUUGAAGUUUUGGACAUUCCUUCACCUAAAAACAAGGAACAGUAAAGUAAAUGAUUUAAAAAGAAACAGGUGAUACAUACCUGCUAAUUCUGUGUAAAAGAAUGUGGUUCUGGGUGUUUUUAAUUUCUGGUUCCUGUGGUACUCUUAUGUAUUAAAAGAAAAACAUCAAAAUCUAACAAUUUAAGCAAAGAGAAAUUCAUGAAUCAGGCAGCACUCAAACUGGAAAGGGGUUCAGAGAGCUCUGUAGCGAGGGCAUCGUGCUUAUAUAGCUGACUACAGACAUAAAGUAUAGAGAUAACGAUUAGUUACGGAGAGCCUUUGCCUUGUUUGGUCAUGGUCUCAUCCUUUAGGAGCCUUGGAUUGGCUGAAGUUCAGCUGUUUGUAUUUGGCUGAACCCAGUUAUUACAAAAAAGACUCCUAUUUCAGCUGUUAAAAGAUUUUUUUGUGAUUUUUUUGUCAAGUUAUGCACUGUGAUUAUACUUCCUUUUCUAAGUUAACAUACAGUUAUUUCAAGAUAAUGAAGAUUUUGAACGUUUUGCUACAAAGAAAUGACAGAUGUUUGAAGUGAUAUGUUAAUUACCCAGAUUUGAUCAUUAUACAAUGUUUACAGGUAGCAAAACAAUACAUUGUGGGGGGUUUAGAUCAGUGAUGCAGCUGCCUGCCUUGCAAGCACAAGGUCUCCAGUUUAAUCCCCAGUAUCCAAAAACAAAAACAGCAAUACAUUG